CCAAAUUUAUCAUAACAAAAAAUUGGAAUCCGAACUGUCAGACGAUGAGUUUUACAUUUAAAUUCUCAUUGUUACUUUUUUAUCAUAAUGUGUUUCAAUUAUUUUCCAAUUGUUAUUUAAGUUAAUGGAAUAAAUUAAGUAUUUAAAUGUAUUUUUAUAAACUGGGAUUCGUAUUUUUGAAUUUGGUCUUUCCAAGACAAACCUUUUUGCAGCAGUCACUUGUGGAAAUUAACAGCUGACGCAAGGAUCAAAAAAAUAUAUUUGGACCCCGCAGAUUGAAGUAGAACGUUUUUGAUUAGAGUUAUCAAGGGUUAAUUUAUCAUAAAACAUGACAAUGAAUGUAAAUCCAGAGACUAAAGUAGUAAAAUACAGGUGGAACAUUGAUGAUGUGAUUGAUUCCAAGUCAUGGGUUCAAUCGGAACAGUUCUAUUUACCCGGUAAAGAUCAAGUUGGUUUCUAUAUCAGUUUGCGGAGAAUUAUUGGUUGGUUUAGCAAAUGCUCUGCACUUGAACUACGCGUUGGAAAAGAUGAUUUGAGACCAGCAAAGGCUACUGUACAGUUUCAACAAAUUCUGGUGUUACAUACUUUUGAUUUUGAGAUGGAUCGAGCGAUAAGAGUUGAAAAAAUAUCCGAAAUAAAUGAGUGGGAAGAAUUCUUUACUGUAGAACUUGCGGGCUUUAAAAAUAAAUCGGACUCAACAUCAGCUAUGAGAGGGCAUGUAAAAUUGACUUUAGAGUGCAAAAUAACUUGGAUGGGUUUCAUUGACGAAGAGUCUGAAAAUACGAUACCACCAAGUUUUGAGCGAUUUCUCAAAGCAGAUGAAUUUAGUGAUAUCACCCUGAUAGUUGACAGUCAAGAAUUACCAGCACACAAAGUAAUUCUGUCAGCGCACAGUCCGUAUUUUUAUGCGAUGCUAACGACUGAGAUGAAAGAAGUCAAAGAAAAUCGAAUUACUGUUGAAAAUUUUUCCCUUGAUGUCAUUACCGAGAUGCUGGAAUUUUUUUAUACCGGGAAAACGAAAGCAAGUGAUGACACAGACGUUGCAUUGAAAAUGAUUGAGAUAGCAGAGAUGUAUCAGAUCAUAAAGUUGAAAGAAAUUUGUGAGAGCACAUUAAUAAAAAACAUGAGCAUUAAUACUGUUUUGGCUAUUGCAAGUGUUGCUGAUGAUUUAAAUAUGACUCAAUUACGUCAUAAAGCGAUUCAUUGUAUGCUGAAUAAUAAAAAAAAAAUUGUUGACUUUCCUGAAUUCAAAGAUUUGUGCCAAAGUAAACCUUUGUUGAUGUUUGAGUUUAUGCACGCUAUUGGAAAAUUAUGUCAUUGUGCUUUCUAACUACAAAAUUAAUCAAAAUUUAUUGUUCUACAUUUUUCAAAAUAUUU